AUGUCUGCCGAGAAGCGUCCCGCUGAGGACGACCCCAGCUCGUCGCAGAUGCUUGUCAAGAGGCAAAAUGUUGGCACGUCAGCGGGUGCCCUGGCGCGGCUGAACGCGUCCAGUAAUGCACUCGUUCAAACGAAUGUUAGAACAAGUUCCCUGCAAGCCCCGGUCAUGGAGCUGUCCGGCCACACGGGGGAGAUUUUCACAGCCAAAUUCGACCCGACGGGCAAUCUGAUCGCGUCGGGAUCCAUGGACAGAAGUAUACUGCUCUGGAGGACGUAUGGCGACUGCGAGAACUACGGACUGCUAAACGGGCACAAGGGCGCCAUUCUGGACCUCCAAUGGUCGCGAGACUCGGAGGUGUUGUUCACGGCAUCGGCGGACAUGCAUCUGGCCAGCUGGGACCUGACGUCCGGCACGAGGAUACGCCGAUACGUCGGGCACGAGGAGAUUGUCAACGCCGUCGACGUCGCGCGGCGCGGGGAGGACUUGAUCGUGAGCGGCAGCGAUGAUUCCACCAUUGGGAUCUGGGACCCGCGCAGCAAGCACGCCGCCGACUACAUCCAGACCGAUUUCCCCGUCACGGCCGUGGCCAUGUCGUCUGCCGGAAAUGAGAUUUUUGCAGGCGGUAUCGACAACGACAUUCGCGUAUGGGAUCUGCGCAAGAAGUCGGUCGUGUAUUCCAUGCUGGGGCACUCGGAUUCCAUCAUGUCGCUCAGGGUGUCGCCUGAUUCGCAGUCACUGGCGUCGUACGCCAUGGACUCGACGGUCCGGACGUGGGAUAUUCGUCCGUUUGCACCCACCGAGAGACAUAUCCGCACGUUCGACGGGGCGAAUGUAGGCAUUGAGAAGAAUCUGAUGGGUGUCAGCUGGGACGCGGACGGCAAGAAGAUCGCCGCGGCGUCGGCGGAUGGAACCGUGGUCGUGUGGUCGAGCGGGAACGGCAAGUUGUUGUACAAAUUGCCCGGGCACAAGGGGACCGUCAACUCUGCCGAGUUUGCGCCGGGCAAGGAGCCGAUAUUGCUCUCUGCCUCGUCGGACAGGACCAUGCUCCUGGGAGAAUUGAAAUGA